AUGGGGCUCUGGACUCAGGAUCUGAUUUCAGCCAGUACCAAUAUUAUUGCAGAAAUUCUGCAGAGCAUUGGAUGCAAACCGGCGUGGGAUAAGGAGCGGUUCUUGCAGCACAUUGAGGAUGAUGUUCAAGCUGUAGUCGCCCUUGGAACACCGAGGAGUAGUCUUGUUGGGUUAAUUUUGGCAGAAGUGCUGAGUUGA